AUGGGAUCCGGUGAGGGGAAGAGUGACAUGGAGCGUCUGGGUGUCUUCAAAGAAAUGAGCUACAUCUCUGUAGGAGACAAGUACAGUCCACUCACCAACCGUCCGUUCAAUGAGUCAGCCUAUCAUAGCCGGCAGAUGCAAGCGGGCAUCGCUAAGCAACGAUGUGCUCUGCAGAGUGGCUAUUUCGACAAGUCCUUCAACCGGAUAUUUGAACGUGAAGCGCUGAGUGACCCGCUGAGACUGGCCCGACAGAACCGCAUCCAGCAGUCCAAGAAGAACCUGGGCAAGGCCUUCAUGCCCUGCCAUGGGGUCAAGAAGCCCUGUGGUUCAGGUAGUUACUAUGGGACUCUGUCUGGACCAGUUGAAGCCAUGAGUCCACAGUCGGUCGCCCAGAAAGCUCAUCGCCCACCCGGACGCAACAUUGUCACCUCACCUUCCAAGAAAGGCAGUGGUUACAGCUAUCCCAAUGUGACACUGUCCAAAAUUGAGCUGUAUGCCUCAGACCCCUACGAAAGAGCCAAAGAAGUACUGAAGAGGGAGGCAACAAUCCAUCGCUCCAAGUUAAGAGAUGGCCCCUUCAAGCUCAACCUUCACCCCAGAGAUUAUUUCCAAGGCAAUCCAUACCGCAGUGACAAGCCACUCCCACCAGCACAAAAGCCCCUCCCACCUGGACAGAAAGUCUCUCCGGUUCCCUUUAAGCCUUCGUCCCCUAGCAAAAAGAUUGGAGGAAUGAAAGCGGGGACGUUUGACACUUACCCCUCGCAUUCUGCUGAUCCAUACGUCAUUCGCCGCUCUAAACCAACCAAUCUAGAGCCAGUCUUCCGUCCUGUUCCUGGUCCUAAGAGCACACCUGUCAAGAGUAUCAUCACCGUCAAUGUUAACAGGAGUGUGCACUCCGCUAACUACACCUUAUCCAUUCCAACUGGGAUGACCUUCUGACUACAUUACCCAUACUGCACCUACACUAGCUGACUUGUUUACCUGCUAUAUACUAUAGAAGUUUUUUUACUGCAUCUGUUUUACUAUAAGCUCUGAUGAGAUUCUUACACACAUAAUGCUGUUUUUAUUCCAUUACAUGAAGACGAUACAGCUUUAGCAAUCUUCAGUGAUCUAUGUUUCCUUUCUAUUCAUAGGUUAUAUUUGUAAUGUUGUGGAUCUCACAUACAGUAACAAAAUCAACAAGGA